AUGCCUCUCAGAGUUGGAUGUAGAGCUGAUGAUGCAGACAAACAUGAAUUUGACAUCAACUUUUUGCUUUAUCACAAGGGAAAACUUUAUAGUGCUGGUGAUGAUGGAAAAAUCAUGGUGUGGGCUUCUGAUUUGAAGAAAAUUGCUGAGGUCCAGUCGAACCCAUGUUCAGUUUACUGCUUAGCAGCUAAUGAGGAUACUUUGUUUUCCUGUUCAAACGAAGGUACAAUAAAAUCUUUCGAGUUGGGCACUCUUAAAGAAAAAGAAGAACUUGUCAGGGACACCCAAAUGGAGUUUUGGAGACUGAGUUAUUCGAAUGGUUGUCUAUAUUCCGGGGACAGCGAAGGAAACGUGAAAGUUUGGAAAGAUGGCCAAUUUUAUGGUUCACUCAACGUAGCUGAAGCUAUCAAAGACAUGGUUGUUUACAAACAUUUGAUCUUCACAGUAAAAGAUUUGGAUUUAAUAAUAAGCGACGUAAAACUAGACGGUGAAAAACUACAAUUUGGUACCAAAAAUUCUUUCAUGGGUCGAGCACCUGUAACCAUAGUUGGUGACAAGUAUUUCAGCUUCAUCAGCAGAGAAGGAAUGGAUAUUUUACUACACGAAAAUAACAGCGAUUCACAUUUCAAACUGGUCACAAAAGUUCAAGGAGCUCAUGAGAAAAUUAUCAACGCUCUAGCUGGAGCCAAAUGGCAGGAAAAAAAUUUAAUCUUCAGCGGUGGCUGGGACAAACAAUUGAAGAGAUGGAACGUGGAAGCGGAUGAGAUGAAACCCGAUUCAUCUUGCGACCUUGAAAUCGUCAUCAAUGCUAUCGCCAUCGGAGACCAAGGAGAGGUCUAUGUAGGCGGUGGAGACGGCCAUCUUGUCAGAGUGGAGGUCGAAUGA